AGUGUGCCUAGAGUGUUUAACAGUCUUAUUCAUUCAUACACGCAUACAUCUCUCCUUACUCUUCUACCAGUUCUCGUCAAAUGCAUGCUGUAAAACCAUUUCCAUUGUGCAAUCUACCGCUAAUUUCACUCAGAGAAGUAAUUGAUUAUCUGCCGACUUUUGAUAUAUUUGUACUUCUUCACACGUCUCAAAAAACGAAAAAACUCAUUUCAUCGAACAUCAGAGACUUCGUAGCUCGUCAAGAACACUACAAGAAACAAGAUAUUUCUGUGAGGGUAGUUGCAGAACGAAGUUAUAUGGAAGUAAUCGCUAUUUCCCCUAAAAUAAGAAGUACACGCUUCAAAAGAAAUGACAUAAACCAAGCUCUCGAAGCUGCGAAGUAUUUGGUGGAUCAUUUCAAAUGUGACACUGACUCUGUAUGGCUCCGUAUAACUCAUCGAAAGGAAGACGAAACUCGACAAAUCAUAACUUCUGUCAAGGAGAUAAACUUGAACAUUACCAACCUGCAGUUCAGGCAUGAACGUAUAUCCAGUGAUUUGUUCAAUUGGCUUCUAGAGAACUGUGUACAAGAUGUGCAUAUUUGGGUUCUAGAGCCACAAAGCAUCACCGUUAGCAACUGGAAUGUGUUCGAAAAAGUGCGGAAAUAUAAUUUCCAAGGGAUCAACUUUUCCAGCCAUCAAGCGAAUAUGCUAUUGAAAUCGUUGAAAUCAAACAACAAUUUUGUUCAGUUUCGGGCAAAUGAUAUAGAAAACAGUCUUGAUUUAUCGGUGGUAUUUGAGGAUACAGGAGCUACAGCGAAGAUGGAUACAUACCGUUCUGUUGUUUUUCGUCCAGGACUUACAGUUUUAAAGGAAUACAAGCCAUCAAAAUCAAGAUUUGUUACUGAAAACAACAAUGGAGGUGAAAUGAGUAUCUGUAUUACCGAACACGCCUUCUCUUUCCAAUCAAAUUAACCAUGAAAAAUCGAAUCAUUCGUAUAUGUCGUAUAUGUGUUUCCCAAAAUGUGUUUCCAUUGAUUUAUCUCCUACUCGGCUUGUUAAAAAUUCAAUUUCUGAUUUAAUUACUUUAAUUAAUUAAUAUUUAAUUCAAUUUUAAUAAAAUCUAUUGCACAAUACACCUUUUUUACUUUAAUUAUGAAACACGAAUAAAGUCCCAGUUUAAAAUUCAA